AUGAAGCAUAAAGUUAAACGUGAUAUAAUCAAGUGUAAAAAGAAAUUAGAGAACUCCAUCAAAGCCUUGGAAGAAAAAAUUUUAAGACUUGAAAUAGAAUAUCACCAAAAUUGUAAUGUUAAUGGAGGAAAUAUAAUGAAAGGCUGGGAUAAUUACAUAAAGAGGGCGUCCCUGGAACCCCUAUGCUUUAAAACGUUUAGAGAUGACUACAACGAUGCCUACAUAGAGCGAAUGCUUUCCCUAACCUCUUGUACCUCCCCCGCUGCUGCCUUCUUUCAAACUGAGAACACCGAAAAUGUAAAGUAUAAGCAUUAA